UUGAUCUCUCCUCCAGUUGUUCUUCAUCAUCCAGCGAAACACUGCAAUGUGUGUCUGUUGGCCCUCUUGGCAGUGGGUCGGAGACGUCCUUCAAACUUCUUGGGGGUCGUACUCUGAGUAUUGCCACCCCAACGGCCCAUGUUAUCACAGAGGACUUAGAAGUCUACAGUGAUGAGAUCAUUGACGAAAUCCUUAUUAUAAUGAGGACCAAAAAAGAUGAUGACAGUGGAAGUGACGUCUCUGGUGCAUCAACACCAUGCAGCACACCAGCACCACAGAGUCGGUCCUCUUCUGCACUGAGGGGAGUGCUUCCCCAUGACAGGAGGAUACUCAGCACAACACUGCUUGGAAUCCAGAACACACUAGACAGUGAGAACCUCUCAGGAGAGUGCUCCAUCUCACCACAGGACAAUGCCAGAGUCCUGGAGAUGAUAAAGUUGCUGCAGAGGCGCCUUGAUGGGACACCCUCAGAGUCCUCCAUCCAUAUCACAGAUGUGGCUUCACCCUUGGGCUUUCCUCUCCCUGUAUCUCUCCAUGCUGUUCAGUCGUGUGUAUUUGCCACUGACAAAGACCUGAAGGCAGAAAGAGUGAAGGGAGUCUUUGAAAGCCUGAGAUCCCAGUUUAUGAGCUACUCCAUCAAGCCUGUGAGUAACAUCAUUACCAGGGCAACAACAAAGAUGGCUGCCUCCAAGCAGGUUAGUUUAGAGACACUCCAGGCAGCAUCAGCAAAAUCAUCUGCUGUGGCUCAGAACCUUAUUAGUUCGGUUUUAUUUCAAGUUGCCAAGGUGUCCUGCUCUGAUGACUUAGAGGGUCUGGGUGAUCAUCUCAGAUGCCCCUCAACUUUGACCAGAGUUCUGACACCUUUGACCUCAGAGAAGGCUACACUGACACCUGCUGUUCUGAAGAUCAGAAGGGAGAUGUGUAAGGAAGUGGCCACUGAACUCCAGAGUUUCUUGAUCAAGGAAUCCCUUACUGGCACCCAGACACCAUCCAAUGGACAUGCUUGCACUUCUGGUUCUGCCCCAAGGGAAGCUGUGCGGGACAUCCUGAGGAAAACCAAAGAGGAGGCUUCCAACAAAAGCCUGAACAAUAUUUUCUCUGUUAAUUUGGAUGAGCGGCUCACAGACUCCAUUGCAGAUGCCUUAUAUCCAAAGCUGCAUGACGCAUUGGAGUCCAAGAGAGAGCUGCAGGCUUCUUAUUACAGCUCCCAGAUCAGCUGCAGCCUCAGCCCCUUCGAAGUUGAGAGCAGCCUAGAGCUCCAGGAGUUCACUGACCCACUAUCUGAGUCAGUAUUGUGUCUCCUGGAUAGGACAUUUGGAGAUAAAGCUCAGAACUUAAAGACAGGCGGGGGUGUUUUACAAUAUGUCACAGACCCAGCCUAUAAAAAGCUUUUGAUUGGACCCCACACCAACAAUGUCAAUGUGGUUGUGCACACGAUUGCAGUAGAGGAGUUGCCUGUUGAGGGUUGUAUUGCGCAAAGUGAGGCCAUUCAUGGCCUUCACAAGAAGCAAGAGUUACCUUCCAGCACCAGUGACAGAGGGAAUGAGACCCCGAGCCCUACUAAUUGCCUGCUGGAGGGUGUAGUGGGCAAACUAAUACGGAAGAUGCUAUUUCAGGGCCUUGACAUCCCUGAGUUACCCAUGAACGACAGCCGCUCUGAGAGCUUUAAGCCACAGUAUGAACUGAUUGCGAAGCUUUGUCCUCUGAUGGUAAGGACAAUCAUGGCUACAACCAUAGCCAAUCAACAACCUACUAUUCAAGAAGCAGUGAUGUCUUCCGAGAACAUCCAUGUGAAAGAGCUGUGUGAGGCAGGUAUCAAACCUCUCAAAGAGAACCAUGUACCCGAUGACUCUGAGACAAACAUCAUGGUCAGAAGGGCUUUGAGUGAAAUUGAAUCCUGUAUGAUUGAGACCUCCGCCAACGACUCUCCCAGUCUACAUUCCACACCAGAGGUGGUUGUAGACCUGAUCACCAAGCUGCUUCAUGGGUAUGAACUUCACUCAGAGGACUUUGCAUCACCUGUGUCAUCCCCAACCACCACUCUCUCUGAUGUGGCAAUGGACAUGGUGGUUUCUGUCCUUCGGGACCUGUCCGAUUCCCCAGACGUUACCUCCGCAUUGGAAAUGACCAAGGAUCUCAAGACGCCGUACUCCCGCCCCUCAAGUGCAAGGAUUGUAAGUGCCCUCUGCAGAGAGCUGGAGGAGCACGUGGGCUCUCCUGAUGCUCUGAGGCGAGCUUUGAGGCGCGGCAGCGGGGAGAUGACAACAGCCAUUGCGAGUGCAGUCACCAGGGAAGUCAACCGUCUGGGUUCAAUCGUACCCAAAGUCUCUGUCCGGCCGCUGUCCUCAGACAUCUGCCUAAGGACAGACCAGGACAAGGUCACGGUUAAGAGCCGAUGUGGCUCGGCUGAGGUGAAGACAUCCCAACCGGUGUAUAUUAUUGUUCACGUAGAGGCGGUGAUGGAUAUCAUUGUCCGGCUGCGCGCUCUGAUUGUUCCUCGGACCCAGGAUAAACUGGCCAGCUGGACCCUAGUUGAGGAUGUGACCAACAAGCUGUCCAGUGCUCUGUGGGUGAGGGUGACUAUCAGGUGGAGGGAAGCAAAUGUCUGCCUGAAGGCAACAGACAUCUUUCAGUUGGUGCUGUCGGUGCAUAGAAAGUUGAUGCAACGCUAUGGCACAGAGGAAGCCCUACAGAAGAUACUGUGCCACAAGGCACCCAAGCUGCACAAGGACAUUGUCUGUCUUGUCACGAACGGAAUUAUGGAUGCACCAUCCAAACUUCAAGGCACCAAAAAUCUGGAAUCUACACUCAACUUGAAAGAAUUGACAGCCUUGUUUAAUGAAAUGACAACCCGUCAAUCUUUGAAUAAGAAAGCUGAGCAGAGCAGCAUCAAGACUGAGAUUGAACAGCCGGAGAGGUCCACUGUGGAUCAAGUGACAUCCGGUUCCAGCAGCUUCAUUAGGGAGCUUAUAUUAGAAGAAGUCCUGAUGAAGCUUGUCAAGAAGAUAUGCCGUUUUCCAAAAAGGACCAACAAACAUCAGCGCAUCCAGAUCAGUGAUCUGGUGACUGAGCUGAUUCGAUUGUUCGAUGAUGAGGUGGCCAAAUAUCUGAUUGAGGAAAUGGGAAGCCAGCAAAAAAGUUUUAAUUCUAAGAUGACAUCGAAGCUGGCAGAUGCCAUCUACACUGACCUUGGGAAGGUCAAGCGUUUGAAACGCUCCUUGAAAAUUGACGAUUUAUUUGAGGAUCAGGAGAUGCUUUCCAUUGUCUCUGACAUUGUUUCCCACAAGCUACUGGCCAUCUUGAAACCCUCAGUGCCCAACCCAUAUGACCGCGAGACCUCAGAUCUUGAAGAGUCAUGCAGUGAUGAUGUGGAGGAUGCGGAAUCUGAGGUGGUGCAUUAUGCCACCGGCAGAAAGUCCAAGAUGAGGAUUGUCCUUACAGACACUACAGACAAGCCAGAGAUGUACAUUGCUGUGGAUUCUCCACCUAUGAUUAAAUUAUCCAAGAUGAGGAAAGGCAUCCGGGGCUUCUUCUGGGGAGUCCAGAAGGCCUGGAAACGCUUGGUCACCUGCAAGUCCUCUGGGUCCUCUGAUGGAUAGCCUGGAUGACGUGCAGCCCAUGUCAGUUGCUUUUGCCAGGCUACAUCUGAGGAGAACACCACAACUGGCCUCAAUACAACAUUUUUAUUUUUGUUGUUCAUUUCUGUUUUCAUUUUGAGUCCCCUAAUGCUGCUCUAUUUGAACCAGGCUGUCAGUGGACUAGCUUACCAUUAGUUUAUACUCCUUAAGGAAGAUCCACUAUAGGCUACUCAACACCAAAAUUCCAUCUGGGUCUUUUGAUCCCUUAUUAGCUCCCACUCCUGUAACUAGGAAUGUGAGCUUCUAAAUGUCAUUCAGACAUCUACAGCUUCUCCUGUGAUUAGGAAGAUAAGCUAAGAAGCCCAACCAAUUUAGAUGUGCUGUACAUCUGAUGCCAUCUCCCUAUUGUAAUCAUUGAUCCACGUCCAUUGCAGCCUCUACAUUUGAUGUAGAUAUUUAGCCUAAAUUAAAGAAUUACAAGGAGGGUAGGGCGACAGCAGCUUCUACUCUUACGAUUAGGAAAGUGGUGCUAAACCUUUUCUGCUUUGAGGAACUAUGUAUUUUAUUUUUCAAUCACUUACAUACUUUUUAAUGGAUGUUUUAAUAAACCAUUUGUAUUGCA